AUGAGAGUGGUUGUUCUUGCCCUGACCCUGGCCCUUGUGGCUGGGCAACAGAUUAAGCUUGCACCAGAAUUUGCCACCAGUAAGAACUAUGUGUACAAGUAUGAAGCAGUGAUCAUGGGUGGUCUGCCUGAGGCGGGCCUGGCCAGGGCUGGAGUGAAAGUUACCAGCAAGGUUGUCAUCAGUGCAAUCGCCCAGAACAACUACCUGCUGAAGCUCAUGGACCCUCAGAUCUUUGAGUACAGUGGCAUCUGGCCCAAGGAUCCAUUUGUACCAGCUGCAAAGCUAACUGAGGCCCUCGCUGCUCAGCUGCUAAUUCCCAUCAAAUUUGAGUACACUAAUGGUGUCGUGGGGAAGGUGUUUGCCCCCGCUGAUGUCUCUGCAACUGUUCUGAAUGUCCACAGAGGUAUCCUGAACAUACUUCAGCUCAACAUCAAACAGACCCAGAAUGUGUAUGAGUUGCAAGAGGCUGGAGCUCAAGGAGUCUGUAAGACAGACUAUGUGAUCAGUGAGGAUGCAAAGGCAGAGCUCAUUUAUAUCACCAAGUCCAAAGAUCUGAACAACUGCGAGGAGAGAAUAAUGAAGGAUAUUGGUAUGGCAUACAUGGAGACAUGUGCCCGCUGUCAACAGAGAGGAAAGAACAUGAGGGGAGCUGCAGCCUACAACUAUGUGAUGGAGCGAACUGCAAGUGGAGCUGUAAUUAAAGAGGCCACUGUUAAGGAGCUUCAUCAGUUCACGCCUUUCAAUGAGAUGGCUGGGGCUGCCCAAAUGGAAGCAAGACAAAUCCUUGCAUUCCUUGAGUUCCAAGCAGAUGCCGUUAGGCCCAUUCAAGCAGACUACCUGGCUCGUGGGUCUUUGGCUUAUGAGUUUGCAUCUGAGAUACUCCAGACUCCCAUUCAACUCAUAAGGAUCAGUAAUGCACACACUCAGAUUGUUGAAAUCCUGAAUCAUCUGGUAACAUACAAUGUGGCUGCGGUCCAUGAAGAUGCUCCUCUGAAGUUUGUAGAGCUGGUCCAGCUACUCCGUGUAGCUACAUAUGAGAACAUUGAAGGCAUCUGGGCUCAAUUCAAGGAGAAGCCAGCACACAGGCGCUGGAUCUUGGAUGCCGUUCCUGCCAUCGGAACAGUCCAUGCUGUGAGAUUCAUCAAGGAGAUGUUCCUGGCUGGUGAACUUACCACUGCUGAAAGUGCUCAGGCACUGCUAGCUGCUGUGCAAAUGGUCAAGGCGGACAUGGAAACCAUUGACCUUGCAGCUAGUCUGGUAUUCAGCCCUCAAAUUGAGAAAAACCGUGUUCUGCGUGAAAUUGCCAUGCUUGGUUACGGCUCCAUGGUUUUCAAGUUCUGUGCUGCACACCCCACCUGCCCAGCUGAUGUUCUGAAGCCCGUUCAUGACAUUGCUGCUGAAGCUAUUGCUAAAGCUGAUGUGGCUGAGAUCAUCCUGGCAGUGAAAGUUCUGGGGAAUGCUGGUCAUCCUGCCAGUAUCAAGACAAUCAUGAAGCUCCUGCCUGGAUUUGGUCAUGCAGCUGCUGCGCUCCCAGUCAGAGUUCAUGUUGACGCUGUGAUGGCCCUCAGGAACAUUGCCAAACUGGAACGCAGAAUGGUCCAGGAGGUGGCUGUACAACUGUUCAUGGACAGAGCUUUGCAUCCAGAGGUGCGCAUGGUGGCCUGUGUUGUGCUGCUUGAGACCAGGCCAAGUAUGGGUUUGGUGGCUGCAGUUGCUGACGCUCUAGUGAAGGAGGCCAGCCUGCAAGUUGCCAGCUUCACCUAUUCCCACAUGAAGGCUCUGACCAGGAGUACUGCCCCUGACCUUGCUCCUGUUGCUGCUGCCUGCAAUGUUGCCGUCAAGAUCCUGAGCCCCAAAUUAGACAGACUGAGCUACCGUUUCAGCAAAGCUAUCCAUCUUGACAGUUACAACACUCAUCUGAUGGCUGGUGCUGCUGCCAGUGCCUUCCUUGUCAAUGAUGCUGCCACCCUUUUGCCCAGGGCUGUUGUAGCCAAAUUCCGUGCCUACUUUGCUGGCGCAGCAGCUAAUGUUCUGGAGCUUGGUGUUAGAACUGAAGGAAUCCAGGAGGCUCUUCUGAAAGCACCUGCUGUUGCUGCUGCUGACAGGAUCACAAAGAUGAAGCGUGUCUUGAAGGCUCUCACAGACUGGAAGGCUGCACCAGCGAAUGAGCCAUUGGCUUCAAUGUAUUUCAAGCUGUUCGGUCAAGAAAUUGCCUUUGUAAACAUUGACAAGGCCAUCAUUGACCAGGCAAUACAGGUUACUACCGGAAGCGCUGCACAUCAUAUAAUGGUGAAGCAUGCACUGAACACGCUGCAGUCUGGAGCUGCAUUCCAGUGGGCUAAGCCCCUGCUGGCAGCAGAGGUGCGUCGUAUCUUCCCAACUUCUGCUGGUGUCCCCAUGGAAGUGAGUCUAUACACUGCUGCUGUUGCUGCUGCUGCAGUUAAGGUCAGAGCCACCCUGACACCUGCACCUGCUGAAGCCUUCCAUGUCGCUCAGCUGUUGAACACUAACAUUGAACUAGAUGCUGACAUCGCACCAAGCAUUGCCAUGCACACAUUUGCAGUGAUGGGAGUGAAUACUGCCUUCAUUCAGGCUGCAGUUAUGGCCAAAGCUAAAGUGCACACAACCAUCCCUCUGAAGUUUGCUGCAAGAAUCGACAUCGCUGAAGGCAUCUUCAAGGUUGAGGCCUUGCCUGCUCAGGCUCCGGAACACAUUGCGGCUGUGCGUGUUGGAACCUUUGCUGUGGCAAGAAAUGUAGAAGAUGUUGCAGCAGCUAAAAGAGUUGCAAUAUUGCCUGCAGCUCUUGCAGCCCAGCUGUCCAAGGAGAAAUUCACAUCUAAAGCAGCCGUUUCUAUUGCUAGUGGAUUGUCAGCAUCAUCAGAAAUCAUUUACACUGAUAUAACUGCCAGUGCCAGGCCCAAAGUGGCUAUUUCAGCUAAAGUUCACGAAGCACUGUGUGCCACAUUCACUACCUUUGGAUUGAAAGCGUGCGUUGAGGUUGCCUCCAUGAACGCUGCGUUCAUCAGAAACUGUCCUCUUUACAAACUGGUUGGAGAGCAUGCAGUCACAGUUGCUGUGAAACCAGUAGCUGCUGAAGCAGCCAUUGAAAAAGUGGAGAUUGAAAUCCAGCUUGGACCCAAGGCAGCAUCAAAAAUCAUCAGAAUAAUCAGCCUGAAGGAUGCUGUGGAAGCUCCAGAGGGAAAGACUGUCCUGCUUAAACUGAGGAAGAUUCUGGAAACUGGAGCAAGGAGGAACCGUACCAGUUCUUCCUCCAGCUCAAGUAGCUCUGCCACAGCCAGCCUCAGCAAGAGUUCCUCCAGCUCCUCCAGCUCGUCCUCCUCUUCAGCUGCUUCUCGUCACAAGAAAAACAGCAAACAUGUGGCCAGUGGCAGCAAGAUCAUCAGGAGAAGCAGCAGCAGCAGCAGCAGUAGAAGCAGUAGGAAGCGCAAGUCCGCCUCAAAGAAGAUCAGUUCCAGAGCCUGGAGUGUCAGCAGCUCUGUCAGUAGCUCUGUCAGCAGCCGUAUCGCCAGCCGCAUGUCUAGGGCUGAAAUCUACGACUACAAGUUCACCAAACACCACAUCCAUCAGGUAAUAAUUUUAGGACACAAAAUUCACAGCAGGAGCAGUGCUUCCAGCUUUGAGGCCAUUUACAAAAAGAAUAGAUACCUCGGAGAUACUGAGCAGCCUGCCGCUGUGAUCAUUAUCCGUGCAGUGAGGGCUGAUGCAAAGAUGCAGGGAUACCAAAUUGCUGCCUAUAUGGAUGCUGCUGCUAACAGGGUUCAAGUCAUCAUGGCUACUCUCGCCGAAAAUGAAAACUGGAAGAUGUGCGCUGAUGGUAUCCUACUGAGCAGACACAAAGCCAGGGCCAAGGUUGCCUGGGGAGCAGAAUGCCAGGAGUAUGCAGCAGUGAUAAAGGCCGAGACUGGUCUUCUGGGGGCAAGCCCCGCAGCCCGCCUGAAGCUGAAGUGGCACAAGAUUCCUCGCGCUGUUAAGCACUACUCAAAGAUGCUCUCUGCCUACAUCCCUGGUGCUGCUUUGAUGGCUGGUUUGAGUGAGGGCAGACCAUAUAACAGAGGGAGACAGAUCAAAUUGACUGUGGCUGCCACCUCUGAGAGGACCAUUAAUCUGAUCUUGAAAACACCAAGGAUGACUCUUUAUAAACUGGCUAUGUACCUCCCCAUUGCCCUGCCUUUCGGAGCUGAAGCAACUGCCCAUGCAAACCUGGAACAGAAUAUUGCUGAGAGAAUUCACAAUAUGUAUGCUGAAGCCAAUGCAGCAAAAUGCAGCCUGACCAAUGACACACUGACUACAUUCAACAACAGACGAUACAGGAAUGAAAUGCCCAUUUCCUGCUACCAAGUUCUGGCUCAGGAUUGCACACCAGAGCUGAAGUUUAUGGUUCUGAUGAAGAAAGAUCAGGCCUCUGAACAGAACCACAUCACUGUGAAACUCGCAGACCUUGAUGUUGAUCUGUACCCCAGUGACAGCGGAGCACUGAUGAAGAUCAACGGCAUGCAAGUUCCAAGCCUUCCAUAUGAACAUCCUACAGGAUCAAUCCUCAUCAGACAGAAUGGCGAUGGCCUUUCCCUCUAUGCUGCCAGCCAUGGUCUACAUGAGGUGUACUUUGACAAGAACAUGUGGAAGGUUCAAGUUGUUGACUGGAUGAAGGGUCAGACUUGUGGAAUCUGUGGAAAGGCUGAUGGUGAAGUAAGACAGGAAUUCCGCACUCCCAACGGACGCCUGACCAAGAGUGCACUCAGCUUUGCCCAUUCCUGGGUUCUUCCUGCAGAAAGCUGCCGUGACAACAACCAGUGCCGAAUGAAGCUGGAGUCAGUGAAGCUUGAGAAGCAGAUGAUCUUGGAUGGACAGGAGUCUAAAUGCUAUUCUGUUGACCCUGUGCUUCGCUGUCUGCCUGGCUGCCACCCACUGAGGACCACCCCUGUCACUGUUGGCUUCCACUGCCUCCCCAUUGAAUCCAAUGUGAACAGGUCUGAGGGUCUGGGCAGUAUUAGGGAGAAGAGUGUGGACCUCAAGGAAACAGUCAACGCACAUUUGGCCUGUCGCUGUACAGAACAGUGUGCUUAA